CCGAUAGAUUUAUUAUGAUUGCGUCCGCACCUCCCGUGCGCCGAGCGUCCUGCGUCCGCGGCCUCUGAUUGGCCGGCUGGCGCGAGAGCUCCACAGCGCCGCGCCGCCUCGAGGAUCCUCUGGCUGGCGCAGAGAAGAAAGCGCAUGCAGCUCGGCCGCUAGCGAGAGCACCGAGCGAUCGAGCGAACGAGCGAGCCGGGGACUGGGAGGGCAGAUGAUGAUGUGAUGUGAUCCAAUACGGGCGGCCGGCUGCAGCUACGGGCGGACUCGCAACUUUAAAAGCGGGCAGUCGACCCUCGGCCCCUGCUCACUAGCGGUGUGUGAGUGCGCGUCUUGUGUUGUGUCGUCGUGGGAGCAGGAGGCACAGGAGCCCGGAAGGCUACAACCGAAGCGCAGUCACGGCAGUGUGCUCCCAGCCAGCCAUGAUGUCAGUACAAACCCCUCCCCUCUCUCGCUCUGGCUCCUCCCCAUCAAAUGUGGGUUUAGCCAAUCGCGGUGGCCCCUCCUCGACCCCACCCACCUCCCUCAGCCUCCGCUCAUCGUACAACCAGCUGCUCGGGCGCGAUGUCAUCAAAGAGUCCAUGGAGACCGGGAGCUCAGCCACCUUGCCCAAAAGCCGCCAGAGGUACGCAAUGACCAGCGUGCGGAGUGCCAUGGGGAUCAGCGACAACUUGGCUCUGUCCUCUAAAAACCAAACUUUGACCAGAGGGAGAGGCCUCCCUACCAAGUCCUCUUCUAGUUCGGCCCUCUACUCAUCCUCUGCCUCCUCCUCACUGUUUAACGCACCCAACCCCAAACUGGCCAAGAACGGGGCCAACAUGCAGAGACGAGCUGAGAGUCAGCAGCUGGAGCUGAGCAGAGCCAAUACAGAGGGCAAAAUACACAAUGAUCUCAUCAAUAACCCGACUUCUGAUUGGCUGGAAUUCGGGAAAGACAACUCACAGCAGCCCCUGUUCCGGAGAAGGACCAAGAGCUUCUUGGAAUACCAUGGGAAGGGCUGGGAUCUAGACUCCAACUGGGGAAACAAGGAAGAGAAGGAGGAGAAGAAACAGCAGUCUUCCCCAGAGAAGGAGCAGGCUAGCCCUGCCAAGGACAGGGAGAGCCAGAAGGAGGAGAAGCCAAGCGGCAAGCAGACCUGCCAGGAAGAGAGGGAGGAGGUGGAGCCAGUUGUGGAGGAGGAGGAGGAAGAGGAGGAAGAGGAAGAUGACCCCACCCCUACCCCAAGACAGCCCCUGCUACCAGUGGUGGUGGAAGCCCCUCUUUCCUCCACCUCCUCCUCUUCCACCAACAGCCCAGAGUGGGUCCCAGACAACCUCAACCACCUCCAGAACCAGGCUUCGGCCCAGGUCAGGGAGGAGCUCUGCGUUCAGGUCCAGGCUACUCCACGCAGCCCUGCGAAGCCUCCUCGCAGCUCCCAGCCCCGCGUGAUCAAGGUGGAGCUGCACCCCAACAAUGAAAACCAGUUCCUGCAACAGUACCCACCCUCCUCCCCAAAACAGGCCCGGGCUUCAGAGAGGAGCACCCCUACCAGGAACCGAACACCCCCUGCCCUGCCAGAUCCUGAACCAGAGAGCGGGCUCCCUAAAGUGGGUUUAAGAAUGGACCUGACCCCUGACACUCCCUCAGAGGAUGAAGACUCUAGCUGGACCACCCUGUCCCAGGAGACGCCGUCUCCCCAGACUCCACAAGAGACAGCAGAUGUAUGGAGUGAGGGGGACCUGCCCCCAGGCUGGCGGGAGAUCUCAGACUCAUCAGAGGUCUAUUUCUGGCACGUCCCCACCGGCACCACACAGUACCACCGACCCGUUGCCUCCGGCAACCAACACACCUCUCCCAACAAUGAGCCAGACACCGAGCGUGACCUGCAACAGGAAUUACAGGACUCCCUCAAGCCGCCCAAUGAGCGCCCCAGCAGUCUGAUAUCUGACAGCUCGGUGGAGCCCGUCCCCUCCCCCUCUGGCUCCUCCCCCUCCUCCUCCUCCUCCACCCCCUCAAAUGAUGUCACCUCUUCUGGACCAGAUCUCAAUGCCGCCACCUGCACAGCCAACCUCCAGGAGCUGAAGGACUAUCCAGUCUAUCCAGAUCCCAGUCUGAAGGCGUUCGAAGGGGCCACCCUCCGCUAUGCUUCUCUUAAACUCAACCCUCCAGCCCAGUUAGAGACAGUGGACCUCAACAAUAGUUUCUCGAAUCCAGAGGCCAUGUCUUUUCCAGUACGAUCUCUGGGCUGGGUGGAGAUGGCGGAGCAGGACCUGUGUGAGGGGAGAAGCAGUGUGGCUGUCCACCACUGUAUCAGACAGCUGUCCUACUGCAGGAGGGACAUACGAGACUCAGCCGGUGUCUGGGGAGAGGGUAAAGGGAUGCUGCUGGUGCUUCAAGACCGCAUGUUGACCCUGGUUGACCCAGAUGAUCGCAGCCUGCUGCACUCUCAGCCAAUCAGCAGCAUCCGCGUCUGGGGUGUCGGCCGAGACCAUGACAGGGACUUUGCCUACGUGGCGAGAGACAAAAACACACGGGUGCUGAAGUGCCACGUGUUCAGAUGUGAUACUCCUGCCGCAGCCAUCGCCACAAGUCUCCACGAAAUCUGCUCCAAGAUUAUGGCUGAAAGGAAAAGUGCCAAGGCUGCAGCUGGCAGCUCCUCCCAGACCGGCUCUGAUGUACCCCUACAAGAGUUUCCCAUGCCAAAGACUGAGUUGGUACAGAAGUUUCAUGUGCUGUAUCUGGGUAUGACAUCUGUGUCUCGACCUAUAGGUAUGGACAUCAUAAAUGGGGCCAUAGACAGCCUCCUGUCCUCCACAGGCAAAGAGGACUGGACUCCUGUCAUACUGAGUAUUGCUGACACCACUGUGGCUGUGAUCAAAGAAAAGGAAGAGGAUGAGGAGGUGUUGGUGGAGUGCCGCGUCCGGUUCUUGUCCUUCAUGGGCGUGGGACGGGAUGUGCACACAUUUGCCUUCAUCAUGGACACCGGGAACCAGCACUUCCAGUGUCACGUGUUUUGGUGUGACCCCAACGCAGGCUGUGUGUCUGAGGCUGUUCAGGCAGCAUGUGUGCUGCGGUAUCAGAAGUGUCUGGUGGCACGGCCGCCCUCCCAACGCGCUGGUUCCUCCUCCUCGCCCUCUGCAGACUCGGUGACUCGGCGGGUGACAACCAGCGUGAAACGCGGCGUCCAGUCUCUCAUAGACACUCUGAAACCCAAGAAACAGCCAUCAGAACUUCCCCAGCAAUGACCGUCGCUGGCGACCACAGCACCCACCCCACCCUCAACCACCCAAAGCUGACGCCUGGACGCCACUCACACUUAUCGCCACGACAACACCUAAUCAGUACCAGCCAUGGUAACCAAUGAUGUACAUAUAUGUUAACAAAACACCACCACAGAUGAAGGAAAGAAGAGCGAUCCUCAAAAAUGCCUGAUGAUUAAAAAAAUAAAUAAAUUAGAAGAAAACUCAUCUGUUUCAUGAGGAGGAAUGGAAAAGCUGCUGCGUGAUUGCUACUGUAACUUGGUGUCACAGGUUGAACUUUGACCUCUGUGUCCAAGUGGAAACCACCUGCUGGCUUCACUGGCCCUUACUGUAUGUGGAUUUCUGGGCCAGAUGGAUUACUUGAUCAAAUAUGACAGACAGGAUACAGGAUUUCCCCAGAAGAAAAAGAUCAAAUUUCUAUUUACAGACUGGUUUGUGUAACCACUCAUUUGGUUUACUCCAUUUUUCUUUCAUGCUUUAUCCCCUUCUGUAAAAUAUAGUCAUCAGCACAGUAAGAGCUCCUGGAAUGGAUGGCGGAGAUGCUGAACUACAGGAGCCUUCCAGGACAAAAAAAGGUGUCGUCUUUUCUGUCACAGGAAUCUGACAGGUGAAUAAGAAAAGCAACCAACACCAGACAGACGAGACCUGUCAACAGCCUCCAGCUGCCCAACAAACGGCAUAAAAAUACUGUGAUCCUUAAGACGUGUGACAAACUUGAAACAGACAAAAACUUAACAUUUCCCCUGAGGAUGAAUGAAGUGAUUGUAAUAAUGGAAGUGUGUGUACAUGACUGUAUGUAAGAAGAGAGAAUUUAGGGCACAAAUCUUGUAGAUAUGAGGGAGAGACAAGCUUUAGGUAACAGAAAAUGACAGAUGUGGGCUUUGAUUUUGCAUGUUUUCUUGAUGGGAUACGUUUUUUAUGUUGACGAGUUAACAAGGGUCUCGGUAAGAAGAGUGGUGAACACACAAGAAAUAGAUGCUCUCAGC